CUACAAAGCGACGAAGGUCACGGCGCGAGCAGGCGCGCGCCGCCGCCCCGCGUCCGGCAUUCGGCGUUUGGUUCCGCCGCCGCCCGGAGCCUGCGCGUGGAGCCAUGGAAGGAGUGAGCGCGCUGCUGGCCCGCUGCCCCACGGCGGGCCUGGCCGGCGGCCUGGGAGUCACCGCUUGCGCCGCGGCUGGCGUGCUGCUCUACCGGAUCGCGCGGAGGACGAAACCAACGCACACAAUGGUCAACUGCUGGUUCUGCAACCAGGACACAGUGGUGCCAUACGGGAACCGCAACUGCUGGGACUGUCCCCACUGCGAGCAGUACAACGGCUUCCAGGAGAAUGGCGACUACAACAAGCCGAUCCCCGCCCAGUACCUGGAGCACCUGAACCACGUGGUGAGCAGCGCGCCCAGCCCCUGUGCCCCCACACAGCCCCAGCAGUGGGUGAGCAGUCAGGUGCUGCUAUGUCGCAGGUGCAGCCACCACCAGACCACCAAGAUCAGGCAGCUGGCCGCCUUCGCGCCGCGCGACGAGGCCAGGUACGAUGAGGAGAUCGAGGUGUACCGGCAUCACCUGGAGCAGAUGUACAAGCUGUGCCGGCCGUGCCAGGCGGCCGUCGAGCACUAUAUCAAGCACCAGAACCGCCAGCUGCGCGCCCUGCUGCUCAGCCACCAGUUCAAGCGCCGGGAGGCGGAGCAGAGCCACACACAGAGCAUCUGCUCGUCCGCGGUGAAGGCCCCGGUCCAGGUCAUCGUGCUUCGCGCCCUCACCUUCCUGCUGUGUGCCUUCCUGCUGGCCACCGCGCUGUACGGCACGAGUGAUCCCUUCGCCCCGGGGGUCACCCUGCCCCCAGCUUUGCCACCUGGUGGCAAUGGCUCCACCGCUCCUGACAACGGCACUGCCCCUGGGGCUGAGGGCUGGCGGCAGCUGCUGGGCCUGCUGCCAGAGCACACGACAGAGAAGCUGCGCGCGGCCUGGGCCUUUGGGCAGAGCCACCAGACGGGCGUCGUAGCUCUGGGCCUGCUCACCUGCCUGUUGGCCAUGCUGCUGGCCGGCCGUAUCAGGCUGCGGAGGAUUGACGCCUUCUCCACCUGCCUGUGGGCCCUGCUGCUGGGGCUGCACCUGGCCGAGCAGUACCUGCAGGCUGCCUCGCCCAGCUGGCUGGACACGCUCAAAUUCAGCACCAUGUCCCUGUGCUGCCUGGUGGGCUUCACGGCAGCCGUGGCCACGAGGAAGACGACGGGCCCACGGAGGUUCCGGCCCCGAAGGUACUUCCCAGGAGACUCUGCUGGCCUUUUUCCCUCUUGCCCCAGCCUGGCCAUGUCCUGCCCGAGUGUCACAGGCUCUUCACCAUCUCUGUUCAUCCCCACCCCGCCCGGCUUCCUGCCACUCGCCAACCAGCAGCUGUUCCGGUCUCCCCGACGGGCCUCGCCCUCCUCGCUGCCAGGCCGCCUCAGCCGGGCCCUCUCGCUGGGAACCAUACCGUCUCUGACCCGAGCAGACUCAGGCUAUCUGUUCAGUGGGAGCCGCCCACCAUCUCAGGUGUCUCGAUCUAGGGAGGUUCCUGUUUCAGAUUACUUCUCCCUGCUGUCGAGGCACUGCCCCUCGCCGCGCCCCUCCCCCGCGCCGUCCGUGGCCGGCUCCCUGGCCGGCUCCGUGGCCUCCAGCUCCGGCGCCCUGCACCACCGCAGGCCCCUCAUCAGCCCCGCCCGGCUCAACCUGAAGGGGCGGAAGCUGCUGCUGUUCCCGUCGCCCCCCAGGGAGGCCCCCAGCACCCCCAGCAGCUCGGACGAACUCUUGCCCCAGCACAGCAGCCUCUUCACCACCGAGCCCCCCCAGGUCCCGCAGAGGCAGCCGGCGCAGGACACGAGGCACACUGUGGACAUGAGGUCAAUGCCGGAAAGAAGCAGCGCCUGCAGCCGCCGCUCCAUCAAGAAAGAGGACGACUCGUCCCAGUCGUCUACCUGUGGGGUGGACACCACGACCAGAGGGUGCUCAGACGAGCCCGCCGCCUGGAGAGGUCGUUUUGGCCCCUCCCUGGUCCGGGGCCUCCUGGCUGUGAGCUUGACUGCCAACGCCUUCUUCACGUCGGCCUACCUGUACCAGAAUCUGCGCUGACCGGCGGUCCUCAGCCUCCUGCACCCAGAGUCCCAUAGGGUGCGCCCAGGUGCAUGCUUCUGCCACCACUGCCGGCCUCAGAGCCCUCGCCGAGGGGCUGCCGCCUCCACCCUCUUCUCCAGGGUCCGUGACCCGCCAGGUCGAGUCCUGUCAUCAGGACACCUUCUCCUCACCCGGCAGACUGCUGGGCCGAGUGUGGUCUCAGACCGCCCUUCUCCUUGGCUGACAUCACUUGUGUUUGGUGCUGUCCCGAUGCCCGGGAUCUCCAAGGGGCUGCACAGCGCUGGGGCCCCCUCCCCGUGGUCCAGCCCUGCCUGGCAGGAAACCCCUACUACUGUAACUGCAGCAGGAGCCACCUGCCUCCUGACCCCAAGCCGGGGGCUGUGAUCACAUCUUCGUACUGUACUCCCCUGUCCCACCGGGCCACCUCAGGGUCCCUGGGGGAGGCAGGAGGGAUGGUCCCUGUAUCACCUGUUCUCGACUCCACCGGGAAAAGGAAUCCUCCCCUGGGCACACCCCCUUGAGAAUGGGUAUCCUCUGCCCCGUUCUUACCCCUUCCUGUUGGCUCCAGGCCAGGCCUGCCCUCUGGCUCUUCAGGUGGACUGGUAGAUGCCCGGAGUUCUCAGUCCAGAUCUCAGAAUUCCUGGGUCUCAGGGGCCCAGCGGGGCCUUCAGGACUAGCAUAAGCACCUCCUCCCAUCCAUGCUCCCCUCUGCCCAAGUGCACCCCUUUUAUUACCUCUGGUGACCUUUUUAGGCAGCAACCUUGUUAACCCUGCAAACACGACCCAGGGUUUCUGGGCCUGCUUCUCCAGGCCCCAUGCUGCCCCCAAGACCUUGCUGGCCCCUCAGCCCGCAAGUCACGUGAGACUGAACCCCCGCUCCUCUCAGCACUGAGACCCCACUCACCUCCCUUUCAUUCUGCUGUUGCUGUGGGCUGAGUGUGACCUCUUGUCUUCGGGUCACUUUGACUGGCUUUCUUUCCUGUGCCACUGCCCUUCUGACCGCUGUCCAACCGCUACUGCAGGUUUGCCCUCCCCACCCCUGCCCUGGUGCUGCCCCGAGAGGAGGUAGGGGGAGCCUCAGUCUGGCACAGGGGUCCCCACAGUGCCGUGAGGAAUGAGAGACUGCGUGUGCCUGUAGAUGUCAGAACCCCCCAGCCCCCACUGCCCUGGGCCUUGGACACAGGUACGGGGCAGUGUGUAUACGAGUGUGUGUGUGUGUGUGUGAGUGCACGUGUCUGUGCCACUUGGGGAGGAAUUGGCUGCCUCGGUGAAUUCUGAGACAUGCUGGGGGGGAAGGUCAUGAGGGCAGGAGGAAGGGUCUUCACUAUCAUUCAGGGAUAAAGUUUAAUUUUAUUUUUCUACACAUUUUCGCCAGGUAAGGCAUUUUGCUGAUAAGCAGGAUGCCCCCAAUUCUCCCUGCCAGGGAGGUUUAGUUUUUUUAAGCUUUGGGUGCUUUUUUAGUAAUUUUUUUUUGCCAUGUGGGGAAAGAGAUUGCUCUGACUUCCCCCUCUCUCCUUUUCCCCCCACUCCUGUCCUGAGAGCUACUGUUUCCUAUCCUGUCACGCGCCCCCCCACCCAGAACAUGGAGAAUUAGAGGCCAGGGACUGCACCAGGACCCUGAGUCCAACUGCCAGACGUGGUUCCAACUCGGAGGCGGUGUCUCUUGGCCCCCAUUUGUAUGGUGGGCAUGUCUGUCGAUUUUUAAUUUUAGUUUUUGCCUAACAAAGCCAAACUCCAUUCCCAAAUACAGUUCUCUCUGAGGAAGCCCCGACAGCCCACUCCUCUCCCCCCUCAAGGCUUGGGCCAGCCUGGCCCCUCUUGCCCGGGACCAGCGGGAGAGGCCGGGUGGGGAGGGAUUUGCUUAUGUUUUCUUUCAAACAAAAAACACAACCUUAUUUUUCUUUACAAAAGCAAAAAAAAAAAGAAA